AUAAAAAAGAAAUUCCCACCACUUCUCGGCUUCCGCUCCCUCCCUCGAUCCAGCCAUGGCCGCCUAGCCCCACCCCUCCCCGCGCCGCUAGGGUUUCCGCCCGCGCCGACGCGCCCUCCGCCGCGAGCCCAGCUCCCGCCCCGUGGCCGCGGCGUCCGAUUCGGCCGCCGGGUGGUGGGGUCCGGUCCGGUCUGGUCUGGUCUGGUCUGGCCUGCCGUGGUCUGGUCCCGGGCGAGCAAUGGCGACUCGAGGGGGCGAGUGGUCGCGGUUCUCGGUGAGCGGCGAGUUGUGCCUCCGCGAGCCGCGCUACUUCUGCUUCCUCAGCUGAUGGGCUCGGGCCGGCUGCCUUCCUCGGUUUCUCCGUGCUCGGUGGAAUCCGCUCCGGAGCAUUGAGGGGCCGUCUUCCUGGGUCGGCGCUGUUCGCCGGGGAAGAAGAAGAAGGUUUGGAUCGGCGGGCGGGUCCGGACUGAAGGUCCGUUGGAGCGUCUGGGAUUCGGGCGCGCUGGGGUCGGCAAUGGCGAGGGUUUGCCUGGGUGGCUCCGGCUUCGGUUAGGGCCCCGCCUCAACCCGAGGCGGCCGCUGCUUCGUGGCGUCAGGUUGGGCGAAGCGGCGGUGGAGGAUGGAGGACCUGCUCUGGCCGCAGUGGGACAAGUCGGGCGUUGCUGCCGGGAGCGCGGCGCAGUUCUGAGCAGCUGCUUCGGAGUUCGGUGUUGUCGGCGUCGGUCGCGUCCCUCCAUGGAGAGAAAGCUCUCCAUGUCCGAGAUGCCGCAGCCCCUGCCUGAAAAUGACGGGGAGCAAAGGUGUCUCAACUCGGAGCUAUGGCAUGCAUGCGCUGGGCCCCUUGUGUCUCUGCCCGCGGUUGGAAGCCGGGUCAUCUAUUUUCCACAGGGUCACAGUGAGCAGGUUGCCGCAUCAACUAAUAAGGAGGUUGAUGCUCAAAUCCCUAAUUAUCCAAAUCUCCCCCCUCAGUUGAUCUGCCAGCUUCAUAAUGUCACGAUGCAUGCUGAUGCAGAGACUGAUGAAGUUUAUGCCCAAAUGACACUGCAGCCGUUGAGCCCGGAAGAGCAAAAGGAGCCUUUUCUUCCAAUCGAGUUGGGUGCUGCUAGCAAGCAGCCGACUAAUUACUUCUGCAAGACUUUGACUGCAAGUGAUACAAGUACACAUGGCGGAUUUUCUGUUCCUCGACGUUCUGCUGAGAAAGUCUUCCCUCCAUUGGAUUUCUCUCUGCAGCCUCCAUGCCAGGAGCUCAUUGCAAAAGAUCUGCAUGACAAUGAAUGGAAAUUUCGCCACAUAUUUCGUGGUCAGCCAAAAAGGCAUCUCCUGACUACAGGUUGGAGUGUCUUUGUAAGUGCAAAGCGACUAGUAGCAGGGGAUUCUGUUAUUUUCAUCUGGAAUGAUAAUAACCAACUUCUCUUGGGGAUUCGUCAUGCAAAUCGUCCUCAGACAGUUAUGCCGUCUUCUGUGCUGUCAAGCGACAGCAUGCAUAUAGGCCUUCUUGCAGCAGCAGCUCAUGCUGCGGCCACAAACAGUCGUUUCACUAUUUUCUAUAACCCCCGGGCUAGCCCUUCUGAGUUCAUCAUUCCACUGGCUAAGUAUGUCAAAUCUGUUUAUCACACACGUGUGUCUGUUGGAAUGCGGUUUAGAAUGCUUUUUGAGACAGAGGAGUCAAGUGUCAGACGAUACAUGGGUACAAUUACAACCAUAAGUGAUCUUGACUCUGCACGUUGGCCAAAUUCACACUGGCGUUCUGUCAAGGUUGGUUGGGACGAGUCCACCGCUGGUGAGAAACAACCUAGAGUGUCACUCUGGGAGAUUGAGCCAUUGACAACCUUUCCGAUGUAUCCAACUGCUUUUCCUUUAAGACUGAAGCGUCCAUGGGCUUCAGGGCUGCCUUCUAUGCAUGGCAUGUUCAAUGGUGUCAAGAAUGAUGAUUUUGCUCGUUAUUCUUCUCUCAUGUGGCUCGGUGAUGGGGAUAGAGGGGCUCAGUCGUUGAACUUCCAGGGAGUUGGAGCGUCACCUUGGCUUCAGCCAAGAAUAGAUUCUCCAUUGUUGGGUCUUAAGCCAGACACAUACCAGCAAAUGGCUGCAGCAGCACUGGAAGAGAUUAGAACUGGGGAUCCUUCGAAACAGUCCUCAGCUCUCUUGCAAUUCCAACAGACUCAGAAUCCGAACGGUGGGUUGAAUUCUGUGUAUGCCAAUCAUGUUCUACAGCAGAUGCAGUAUCAGGCUCAGCAGUCGUCUCUGCAAACUGUUCAGCACGGCCAUAGUCAGUACAGUGGUAAUCCUGGGUUUCUUCAAAGUCAGUUUCAGCAGCUGCAUUUGCAUAAUCCUCCGGCACCAUCGCAGCAAGGGCAUCAGGUUAUACAACAAUCUCACCAGGAGAUGCAACAACAGCUUUCAUCUGGUUGUCAUCGUAUUUCAGAUGUAGAUUCUAGCAUGUCUGGUUCUGAGUCUGCUUCGCAGUCACAACCUCCAUUCUACCAGCAGAACCUCUUAGAAGGAAACAAUGAUCCAUCGAUGCAUCUGCACAAUGGUUUCCGUAACUUCUCUAGCCAAGAUGCUUCAAACCUUGUCAGUUUGCCUCGAACUGACCAAUUAAUGGCGCCGGAGGGAUGGCCUUCAAAGAGGUUGGCUGUGGAACCCCUUGGUCAUAUUGAAUCUCGGUCUGUGCAACCCAAACAUGAGAAUGUAAAUCACCAGAGUAAUAUAUCCCACUUUGCUGGCACCUUGGCGCCACAGUCAGCAAGAGACUCAUCCAGUGUCCAGGCUUAUGUUGCAAAUGUUGACAACCACUUUCUUUCAUCAUCAUUUGCAUUCCAGGACGGAAUGGCAGGUGCAAGGGGUGGCAGCAGCAGUGGAACUGUUUCUAUGGCCAUACCUUUGUUGAGGUAUAGUGGCGAAGAUUUGCCACCCGCAGACACCUUAGCAACUUCGAGUUGUUUAGGCGAAUCGGGAACCUUCAACUCUCUUGAUAAUAUGUGUGGUGUAGACCCAUCACAAGAUGGUAUCUUUGUGAAGGUUUGCAAAUCAGGGUCCCCUGGAAGAUCGCUCGACAUCACCAAAUUCAGCAGCUACUAUGAGUUACGUAGUGAGCUGGAGCAUCUAUUUGGCCUGGAAGGCCAACUGGAGGACCCCGUAAGAUCAGGCUGGCAGCUUGUAUUCGUCGACCGAGAAAAUGAUAUUCUUCUCGUUGGCGACGACCCAUGGCAGGAGUUUGUGAAUAGCGUAGGGUGCAUCAAGAUACUCUCGCCGCAGGAGGUGCAGCGGAUGGUCCGCGGCGGCGAAGGCCUUCUGUCUUCUGCACCUGGAGCGAGGAUGGCGCAGGGCGAUGUCUGCGACGGUUAUUCUGGGGGCCAUGACUUACAGAAUCUCACCGGCAGCAUGGCCUCCGUACCAUCACUGGACUACUGAAACGGAGACCGGAGCCCGGAACUAAACCAGCACUCCAGGACAGCAGCAUCACGGGGUAUCGCGAUGUGUCCGGUCCACCAACCCUAGCUAGUCCUCUCCUCGCCAUGAACUCUAGUCAAUAAUAUAGUUAGACGAUCUACCACAUCAUUCCGAUCAUGGAUAUGUUGUAUUGAUCGCUGCUUCGGCUCUAUGAUAGCCUAGUCUCGGAAUGGCAGACAACAACCGCUCCUAUGAAUGGAGGCAGUAUGGUACCGCGGAACUGUGGAAGUGACCACCUUAUUAUGUAGCAAUAUGCAUGACCUAAAACUGAGUAUUCCGACUGGAGACAUAAAACUGAUUAUUCCCGA